CCAUGCCAACGCCACUUCCUCCGCCUCCUGCACCAGGAUGUCCUGAGCGCGCGCUCGUGAGAACUUGCCCCGAGCCUUCCUUCCUGGGGCCGAAGCAGGGGCUCGAGCCCGAGGCGGGACUCGGCCUCGGCCCGGAGGAGGGGGCCAGGCAUGGCGCCCACGCUGCAGACCGUGGAGACCCACCUGGAAUCAGUGACCUUCGGGGAUGUGGCCGUGACCUUCACCCCCGAGGAGUGGGGGCACCUGCACCCCUCCCAGAAGGAGCUCUACCGAGAAGUGAUGCUGGAGAACUACGGGCACCUGGUCUGCCUGGGACUUGCCCGUUCCAAGCCUGAUGUGAUUGAGCAGCUGGAGCGAGGAGAAGCCCCUUGGAGACCAGAGGGAGGGGUCCCAGGAAGCAGCUGUGCAGGGCCCAGACUGCCUGGCAGGCCAGAGCCCCCAGGGCUUCCUGUGAGCACGUUGUGGCCCCAGGGUCUGCCCCCACUCUCCCCCCGAUGGCCAGCCCUGACCGCUGCCCUGGCUACUAGCCAUUCUGAUGCCAAAUCCUGCCCGUUGGACCGUGUCGCAGCUCUUGUGUGUGCCCCCUUCUCUCCUUUGACACCUCCCAGGCUAGACUCUUGUCACUUCACUCCUAGUCUGCUGCAGCAGCCUGCUGGGGGUCAGAAGCCUAGGCCUAAAGCCAAGGAGUCCUCUCCACAGCUGGGCCUUUCUAUGGAAGAAUCAUUUCAGAAAGUACUCACCAGGGAUAGUCUCUCUGUUUCAAGCUUGGGAGAAAUCUGGGGUCAUGAUGCCAGAUUGAAGAAAGAGCAGAAAGAUCAAAAGGAACAUACCCAACAAAAAACCAUUACUCUUAGGAAGCCUUCCAAUGAAGCAAGUAUCCAUGAACAUAAAAAACAUGGGGAAAGCAUUGGUCUGUGGCCAGGCCUUCUUCCAGAACAAAGAGAACCUGUAGGAAAUAAUCUGCAGAAGUGGGAUACACAUCCAAAGAAUUUCAGGCUAUGCUCAGCCCAAAAAAAAUGUAACAGACCAUGCUCAAAAAAAAUAUUUUCUAAAUUUAAGGAAUAUGGGGAAUCCUUCAGUGAUGCUUCAAACCUUCUGGAAAAUCAUAGAAUAUAUAAUGGAGAAAAAGCUUGCAUAUGUAAUGAAUGUGGGAAGAGCUUCUUUCAGAAGAUAUGUCUUAUUCAGCAUAAGAGAAGUCAUACUAGAGAGAGACCCUAUGAGUGUGAUCAGUGUGGGAAGUCUUUUCACCAAAGUGGACAUCUUAAGCAACAUCAGUCAAUUCAUACAGGAGAGAAACCUUUUGAAUGUAAUGAAUGUUUUAAGGUUUUUCGCCUGAGCACAGGGCUUACUGAACAUCAGAAAAUCCAUACUGGAAAGAAACCUUAUGAAUGUAAUGAAUGUGGGAAGGACUUCCGUCAUAGUUCUCAUCUCAUUCAGCAUCAAAGAAUUCAUACUGGAGAGAAACCUUAUGAAUGUAAUGAAUGUGGAAAAGCCUUCCGCUUUAGCUCAUAUCUUACUCGACAUCAGAUGAUUCAUACUGGAAAAAAACCUUAUCAAUGUUAUGAAUGUGGAAAGGCCUUUCGAGACAGCUCACAGCUUACUAAACAUCAGAGAAUUCAUACUGGAGAGAAACCCUAUAAAUGUAAUGAAUGUGGGAAGGCCUUCCGACAUAGUACACAACUUAUUGCACAUCAGACAAUUCAUACUGGAGAGAAACCUUAUCAAUGUAAUGAAUGUGGGAAGGCCUUCCGCCAGAGUUCACAACUUACAGCUCACCGGAGAAUUCAUACUGGAGAGAAACCUUAUCAAUGUAAUGAGUGUGGAAAGGCUUUCCGUCUGAGCACAGGCCUUAGUGAACAUCAGAGAAUUCAUACUGGAGAAAAACCUUAUCAAUGUAAUGAAUGUGGAAAGGCUUUCCGCUUGGGCACAAGCCUUAGUGAACAUCAGAGAAUUCAUACUGGAGAAAAACCUUAUGAAUGCAGUGAAUGUGGAAAGGCCUUCUGCCAUAGCUCACAACUUACUCUACACCAGAGAAUUCACACUGGAGAGAAACCUUAUGAAUGUAGCGAAUGUGGAAAGACCUUCCGUCAAAGCACACAACUUACAGUACAUCAGAAAAUUCAUACUGGAGAGAAACCUUAUAAGUGUAAUGAAUGUGGGAAGACUUUUCGCCUGAAUACACAACUUUGUGUACAUCAGACAAUUCAUAGUGGAGAGAAACCUUAUAAAUGUUAUGAAUGUGGAAAAGCCUUCCGUCGGAGUACAGGACUUAGUGAACAUCAAAGGAUUCACACUGGCGAAAAACCUUAUAAAUGUAACGAAUGUGGGAAGGCUUUCCGCUUAGGCACAAAACUUAGUGAACAUCAGAGAAUUCAUACUGGAGAGAAACCUUAUGUAUGUAAUGAAUGUGGGAAGGCCUUUAGGCAGAGCAUACAACUAACCCUACAUCAGAGAAUUCAUACUGGGGAAAAACCUUAUGAGUGUAGUGAAUGUGGAAAAGCCUUCCGCCAGAGCACACAACUUACAGUACAUCAGAAAAUUCAUACUGGAGAGAAGCCUUAUGAGUGUAAUGAAUGUGGAAAGACUUUUCGCCUGAGCACACAACUUACUGUACACCAGACAAUUCAUAGUGGAGAGAAACCUUAUAAAUGUAGUGAAUGUGGGAAGACCUUCCUCCACAGCUCAUACCUUACUCGACAUCAGAUGAUUCAUACUGGAAAGAAACCUUAUGAAUGCAAUGAAUGUGGGAAGGCCUUCAGGCAGAGCAUACAACUUACUCGACAUCAGAGAAUUCAUACUGGAGAGAAACCUUAUAAAUGUAGUGAAUGUGGGAAAGCCUUCUGCCAGAGUUCACAACUUACUCGCCAUCAGAGAAUUCAUACUGGAGAGAAACCCUAUGAAUGUAAUGAGUGUGGGAAGGCUUUCUGCAUUAGCACAUACCUUAAUCUACAUCAGAAAAUUCAUACUAGAGAGAAACCUUUUGAAUAUAAUGAAAACAAGAAGACUUUCUAAGAGACUAUAGAUCAUACUGGAUAUCCGAAAAUUUGUCCUUGAGAGAAAUCUUGAGAUUUUAAUGAAUGUAGCUAAGCCUGCCAUUAAACAGGCUUUAUUCAAUAUUGGGAAAUUAAUAGCGGAGAGAAAUUAUGAAUGUAAUGACUGAGGGAAAAAUUUCCUGCAGAGUAAAUACCUUUCUCAUCAUAAGUCCAUAUUAGUGAAAAGAUCCUCAUGAAUAUAAUGAAUGUAAAAAAGCCUCUGCCCAAACAAAUAACUUAUUGACCUUGAGGUAGUUCCAAUAGGAGAAAGGACUGAUUUUUAGACUUUAAAGGUCACCUAGUCACAGAAUCACAGAAUUUGAGAGCUGUAAGUGAUGUCAGGACUAUCCCAACCUAGACACAAGGUGUCCUUACUCUAGCAUAUUAAACGUGAUCAUCCAGAAAACCUGCAAGGAGGGG